AUGUUGCUAGAGUCGCUGGAGUUCUAUGGCAAGGGUUCACGGGCUAUGCUAAGCAUAGCUUUAGCCCGUGUGUACCAGCAGAUACAAGCCAUCGGGCAUCGAUGGUCAUACCAAGAUACCCCAUCACCGAAGAAUGUGGUAGUACUCGGUGGCUCCUAUGCCGGCAUCCACCUUGCCCAGCGACUGACAGAGACGUUGCCGACAGGCUACCGGGCAGUCUUGAUCGAGAGGAACUCGCACUUCAACCAUCUUUAUGUGUUCCCGCGGUUUGGCGUGGUGCCGGGAAUGGAGCGGUCUGCUUUCAUUCCGUAUACCGGGAUUGCUAGAUAUGCACCAGCUGGCAUCUUCCAACACGUCCAAGACUCCGCAACGAGCGUUACUCCAAACAAGGUCGAACUCGCGUCUGGCAAGAGCAUUGAAUAUGAGUAUCUUGCUAUUGCAACGGGCUCAUGGCAGCCUCCACCCGCAAAGAUGAGAUCUAACGACAAAGAGGGCGCAUGUGCGGAGAUGUGUCUGUCUCAGAAACAAGUUCAGAAUGCCAAAAAAAUCGCAGUGAUAGGAGGAGGUCCUGUGGGAGUCCAAGUCGCAACCGAUAUCAAGAGCUUCUUUCCAGCCAAGGAUGUGACUCUGAUCCAUUCGCGGCACCAACUCUUGCCAAACUUUGGUCCGCGGUUGCAUGGGCAUAUCCUGCAGAUUCUUAGCCGGUUAAAUGUCAAGACGAUAUUGGGCGAACGACCGCAGAGCGCAAGUAACCAGGAGUCGUCACUACAGUUUAAGAAUGGCCAUAAAGAGAUAUAUGAUUUGGUGAUCCGAUGCACGGGACAACGCCCAAACUCGAGCAUCCUCUCCAGACAUUUCCCCUCCGCAAUAAGCAAGGAAACCGGCCAGAUCCUGGUGCACCCAACUCUCCAGGUCAACGUCAACGGCAGUACUGGAAUGGAAAACAAACACAUCUUUGCGCUGGGAGACGUCGCCAAAACCGAUGGCCCCAGGAUGGGCCGGGCUUGUCAAUCUCAGGCAGAAAUAGUCACGUCCAACAUCCUGGCACUGAUCAACAACAAGCAGGGCCAGCUUGUUACAUAUCGGCCAUCCAUCGUUGAUAGAGUUAUCAAGUUAACGCUGGGCAAGGACGACUACGCCUGGUACGUGACAGACGACAGUGGCCGCGAGCUCAUGGUGAAGGGCAGAGGUGGUGGUGUCGACCUCAGCGUCGGUCAAGCCUGGAGCAAGCUCGGGGUCAGCCAGAAGGAAAGCACCGCGUAA